AUGCGGAACGCGGGCGAUGGCGAUGUGGAUGUUGAUGUUGAUGUUGAUGGCGGCCCGGCCACGGCGCCCUUCACCUUCACCUCCACCUCCAGCAGCAUCUUCCUGCUCAGGGACGACCCGUUCUUCGAGGAUGGGGACAUUCAUAGGCAUUUGUAUCUGCGAAAUGCCACAUCUGGUGCUGGAGAGAUGGAAAGACCCAAGGUCUCUGAAUUUUGUUGCCACAUAGCAGGGUGCAGCCAACUGUUUGACACCCUAGAGAACUAUGAGCACCAUUACAAUGCCUUCCACCGUAAUGUCUGCAGCUCCUGCAAACGCUCCUUUCCAUCCACUCACCUGCUUGAUAUUCACAUCUUGGAAUGGCAUGACUCACUCUUCCAAAUAAUGGCAGCAAAACAGAGCAUGUAUCAGUGUUUGAUAGAGAGUUGUACCGAAAAAUUCAAGACUUUCAGUGAUCGCAAAAAACAUUUGGUCAAAGUUCAUGGUUAUCCAUCUGACUUUAGGUUUGACAAACCAAAGAAACUUACACGCCAUCAGAAGAAUCAGGACAGGAGUCCUCAUGAUAUGGAAGUGGAAGCAACUGUUUGUCAAAAAGAAACAAAAGACAUAUUUUGCAGAACAACCAUAGAACAACCAAUGGACCAAGAGUCAGGAGAAACAAUGGAAGCUGAGAAUCCAGCUGUACUAGAGAGAUCCAGUAUUACCACAGUACCACAACGACUCUCCAGCUCAUGCAGGGUGCCAGCUACAAUUUGUUUUGGUCAUGGAUCAAUCCGUGGCUUUAAGAACACAAGGAGAAAGAAGUGAUGCAUGUUGUGGAUUGAGCAGUCACUAAACAGCAGCCCUCUUAUCCAGAACAAGGACAUCAAGAUGUGAAUUUGGAAGAAGAUGUCAUAUUGACACCAGCCAAAUGGGAUCAUGUUGGCUCCAGUUGACAUGCGAUUGUCAGCUAAUCAAUCACAACAGCUAUAUAAAACAUACAAUUUGAAAUGCUGCUAAUAAAAUAACGCUAUUGUUUGCAUUUAUGCAAUUUCCAUCAAAGACCUUUUAUUUCCAAGCAAAAUCCACUGAACUUUGGUUAGGAUGCCGUUAUGUAUUUAUGUUCUACAAUACUGCUCUUUGGACAUUAAUUUUAGCUCAAUCGGGAUUAAAAAAUAUUUAGUUUACUCA